CUAUCAUAAAAUCACAAGACACAAAUUAUAAUCAUUUUCUAUUAAAAUUUGCAAUUAUCACAUAACCAUUGAGUAUUGACUAUUGACGUUAUUCGCAUUUCGCUGAUUCGUGUGAAUUUUAAAUGUUUUAAUACUGAGAAAUCAUCAUUCUAAUUUCUACACAUUUUGUCUUGUAAAUUCAAUAUUGUGCGAUCGUUUUAACUUCCAUCUGUUGUAAUAUAAUUAUAUUUUUGGCAUUUCAUCGUGUUGGAUACUGGGAAUUCAAAUAGUGCACCAUUUUGAAUUUCUCGAGUCAACUUUGCAAUUCUUACAGGAGUCGACUUUUACUACAGAAAAUUCAACAUGUUUCCUAAUGCAUUAACUACUGAUAUGUUUGGAAACGAUAAUCCAUAUAGAAAUUCAAUGCGCCAAAUGGACCAAAUGAUGAAUUCAUUUUUUGGUGGUGGAUUUCCUGAUCCGAUGGCUGGCAUGAUGAUGCCAUUUGGUGGUGGAAUGUUUGGAAAUUUUGGUUCUAUGAUGGGUAAUAUGAAUAGUUCUAUGAAUAUGAUGCUCAGUGGUAAUCAACCAGGCCAAUCAUUCAGUAGCAGCAGUACAUUUAUGUCAUACUCAUCAAAUGGACCGAAUGGACAACCUCAAGUAUAUAAAGCUUCCACUUCUACACGUACCGGUCCAGGAGGAAUAAAAGAAACAAAAAAAGCAGUUUGUGAUUCAAGGACAGGUGUUAAGAAGUUGGCUAUUGGACAUCAUAUUGGAGACCGUGCACACAUUGUUGAACGUCAACAAAAUUUAUAUUCAGGAGACCAAGAAGAAAACCAAGAAUAUAUUAAUUUAGAAGAUGAUGAAGCAGAAGAGUUCAACAAUGAAUGGCGCAAUAAAGCUCAAAACUUGAAUUCACAUCGUAGUCGUUAUUUGCCCUACACUCAUAGAGUUCAAAAUUCUUCAGUUCCUUUAAAAAGGCAUCUCAAGGCAUUACCCCCUCCUCCUUCAACAUUACGUAGCAGUGAGGUGUUGCCUAUAGAAAGUCAGCAAGAUCAAGGAAGAAAACGUGCAGCAAAGCAGCGAACCCCUAAAAAGAUCCAACAAUAUCCUGUUAAUGACGCCUAAGUUAUGCUAGCAAGUUAAUUUUUCUUACUAUCUAUUAAUUUUAUAAUAUAGAAUAAAUAAAAUUACCUUAGAAAA